UCCAGCGACAAACAAACACGGCCGGCAAAGCCCACUCUGGCCAGCGCUUUCUCCUGUUGUCCGGCCCAAGCAGUGCCGGCGCUUCUCCAUUUGUUUUUCAGGCUGCAGCCCGGCUGGUUCUCUGACUCUUCCCUUCCCUUCGCUCUCGAUCUUGCUGUCCUGCGGCCCCGCAAGCUUCUGCUGCUCCUCUGUCGCCAUCUGCUCUCGGCACACCCUUCCCAAACCUUCCCUGCCGGCGCCCCGCCAUGUCCUCCAAUAGCCCAGAGCCCGUGCUCCAUGACCGAUACGGGUUCAAACGAACCUUUGACGCCGUCUCGCAGGAGGAUCAGGAUCGGUUCGACCGCGAGUACCGCGAGAUCGAGCGCCGACGGUCUCAGAAGUGGGCCCAGCUCCUCUUGAGAAAUAAGGGCGAGCUGCCACCCAAGUCGGAUAAGGUCAAGCGAUAUAUCCGCAAGGGCAUUCCCAAGGAGCUUCGAGCCCGAUCCUGGUACCACUACUGUGGUGCCGACAAGCUCCGAGAGGAGAAUCCCGCCAUCUACGUUGCGUUAACCUACCGAGAAUUCCAGGAUCGGCAGCAGGGCUAUACCAAGGAAACCAACAAGGUUCUGGAGUGGAUCGAGAUUCUUGAGCGGGACGUCCAUCGGACCUUUCCCGAAAACACCAAGUUCCAAGUUAACCGGGCCGAGUCCCAGAGCAUUCCGCGCAUCCCAACACCAACGCCCAAGGCCUCAUCUGAUUUGUCGCUGGUUUCGUCUGUGGACGACGACUCGGACUCCUCUAUUGUCGACUCAGACUCGGAUUUCGACAAUGUUCCGUCCGAAGGCGAGACCAGCAGACCCUCGCGCUCCAAGCCUGCCCAGCCAGGCCAGGCCAACGACAACGACGAGCCCGAGUCGCCCUGGUACCGCAUUUCGCCCACAGAGCAUCUGACGCCUGUGGAGCGGCUGCAGCGGUCACCGUCGCGGUCCAACUCGGCGCACUCAAUCAAGUCCAACCGCUCGCGCCGAUCGCGGUCCAACUCGCAGCGCCAGAGUGGCGACGACAAGCUGGCUGCCGAGGUGCCGCCGCCUCCCGUCCCUUCCAUCCCGGUCUGGGAACUCAAUCCGUAUCUGUGCUCGCUGCGCCGCAUUCUCGCCGCCUUUGCAUACUACUCAUGGCCUCAUCCCGAUCCCGCACGUGCGCUGCCUCAUCCGUGCUCCUACAACAUUGGCUACUGCCAGUCGCUCAACUUUAUCGUGGGCAUGCUGCUGCUCGUCUAUGGCGAGGGUGAGCCAGGCUAUGCCGCCACCACGCCGCUCUCCAAGAACGACACGCGCAUCGAUGUCGAGGAGAAGGUCUUUUGGACCCUCGUCGUGAUUGUCGAUCAGCUGCUGCCCAAGGAGAUGUACGGAAACACUCUCGAGGGCACUCGCAUCGAGCAGGAGAUCCUGUGGAGAUGGAUCCUUGGCCAGAGGGGCUCCAAGUUUGGCGUCGGCCGAGUGGCCAAGUGGGUCGACCACAUGGAGACCAGCGAGGUGCCACGGUCUCCCAAGAUCCGAGCCAAGGACCGCGCAAACAUGGGCCAAGGGGGCAGCGGCAUGCCUCCGCUUUCCAUGGUGACGACCCAAUGGUUUAUGACGCUGUUUAUCAACGUUCUCCCUGUCGAGACUGCGCUGCGUGUCUGGGACUGCUUCUUCUACCAAGGCGAGAAGGUUCUGAUGCGAGUGGCGCUGACGCUGCUCAAGAUCCAUGAGGAGCAAAUCCUUGCAUUCGAGGAUCCUCUUGAGGCAUGGAAGUUUGUCAAGGAUAUGCCGCAGCGAAUGUACGACUGCCACCGCCUGCUCGAGAUCUGCUUCAAGCCCCGGCAUCCCAUCAACCCCUUUGAGGAAACCACGACGAUGCAGCUCGAGAACGAGGACGGUGCCCGGCGGUCCACCAGCGUCAAGGUCCGCCGCGGCGUCGGCACGGUGUCGACCAAGCUCAUUGAAAAGUACAGAGAGCUGGCGAUUGAGGAGCGCAAGAGCACGACAGGGCCGGAGCAGCAGUAGCAGCAGCAGUAGCAGCAACGAGGCGACGGCGCCAGUCGAUGCACACUCGUAUAUUUCAGUUGGCGACCCCGCUGCGGGUGCUUGUGGGUGUGUGCGGACUCUUAUCAGUUGAUACGGCUGGGCUGACUGGGAGACCGAGCCUGCACUGCUUUCGCAUGUCCAAGGAUCGCCGAUUCAUGUUGCCGCCCUGGACCAGCCCUUGUUCCCCCCCACACACACACACACAGCCCCAGCCCUAGACCUAGACUGCGCACGUGUUCAACCUGCCAGAGAAAAAAAUGCACAAAUAUCGCACAACACGGCUC